AUGGGUGUAUUUGGGUUCCGCGACUGCCAAGCACGGGCGAGCCUUCGACUGAAGCUGUCGGGACAUCCGGGUCCUCGUAUCCUGACACUACCCAAGGGAGUCGUGAACGGUCCCGUUGUACAGCUCGCUUGCCUGGUCUCGGCUGUUUCGAAGGCUCGCUUAAAGGUCGGACUGCCCCUUAUCCAGGCGUUAGAGCGUCUCGGUAAUGGCGGAGGACACGCUGGCGUUAGCUCGGUGCGUUCACUCUUUCUCGCGACCUUGUUGGAUCUGAACGGCGCUGGAGGAUCCUCCUGUCGCAAGCCGCACUCUGAGACUGUCGCCGCUGUCGAGGAAGAUGUCGGCCGGCUCGAUACGUAA